AUGGACUUUUAUGGUACGGCAGUGACUGCUAUCACUCAGGUAUACCAGGUCACGGUAUUCAUCCAGGGUGUCAUCUCCGACGUCAAGGCAUUCGAUGAUGACCGGGCCGAGAUCCGCCUCAAGCUGAAUGUCCAGCUAUCGACCCUUAUAUUUUUCAAACGCACAUUCUUCCAUCUGGAACAUGGGCUGAUGAUUCCAGGCAAAGUAGACCCUUUCAUCGCUGAAACAGUGGAAGGGCUACUAGUGCAGAUGAGAAAGACGCUGGCCGAGUAUGAGAUUAUGGCAUCUAAGUACGGUCUUGUGGACGAGGAGUACACCAUUGAGCCCGAGAAGCCCAAAGAGCAAGAGUCGCUGCUUGAACGGGCAAAGAGCAAAGCUAAAUCACUCAAGCUUAAAGGGUAUGAUUGGUCGCUCUUUGACAAGAAGAAGCUGAAUCACAUUCUGGAAGCGUAUACCAAGUGGUCUGAGGAUCUGCGCAAUCUAAUGCAGCACAUGUCGCAAGAAACAUUAGCCAAGCUAGCCGAAGGCGACCAGCAAGGAUUGAAAAGCAGUGGCUUGGAACCGGUGAUGAAGAGGCGUCUGCUGGCUGAAUCCAAAGCGCCAGCGGACUAUCAAAGUUUAACGGGAACUGUGACUGAGGAAGGAAAUUCAACAGGCGGGUUCAAACUAGGAAAAUGGUCUGUCUCAAAGUCGGAGGAAACACAAGUGAUUGUCGAGUACCACGAAUACGAAAGUCUUCUCAGACAAGAAGAUGAACCAGAAGAGAUCAAAGCGCUGAAAGAGCCUAUCCGGAACCUGGCCUGGUUGCUCCAAAACACCACAUUCUCCAGCACAUCGUCCGAUUUCCUUGAUCAGCCCAAGAUCUAUGCGCUGGAAUGCCUCGGAUUUAUCGAUCAACCCACGGAAGAGCGCAGCGUUUUUUUAUACAAGCUCCCAUCCGAGCCAACAGGACCAGCAUCACUGACGACUCUCCACGCCUUCAUAAAUGCAAUUGACAGCACAAACAAACGCCCAGUGAAGAAGCCCUCAUUAAAUGACCGCUUCAGCAUGGCGCACAGUCUCGCCCUGACAAUCUCAAAUGUUCACGCCUCAGCCUGGGUACACAAGAAUAUCUGGAGCAGGGGAAUCCUCCUCUUCCUAGAGACCUCAACGGGAGCUAGCACCUCAGGACUCUACGAGCAUCGCCUUUCCGCACCAACAAUCGGACAGAAAAUAGUCUCAUACCUCAGCGACUGGGGCUACGCACGCUCCGUUCAACAAGGAACAGACAUGCGUUCCGACUUCGAAGUCGAGCCUAAUUUCUACCGCCAUCCAACCCGACAGGGCCGUCCCACGCAGCAGUUUAGUCGGCUGCAUGAUAUCUAUGCUCUUGGCGUGGUGCUCCUGGAGAUUGGAUUAUGGAUUACGGUGUCGCGGCUGAUGGGGCCUAAAAUUAAAGAGGCAGAGGCCAGUGGGAAAUUGCCUAGACCAAAGAAGAUUUCUGAGGAGUUGAUGAUGUUCGCGUUACAGGGAUUGCCGAAGGAGAUGGGGGCUGGAUAUACGCGGGCUGUCAUUGCUUGUUUGAAGGGUGAUUUUAGGGGGACUGAAGGGCCGGCUUUGGCGGUUGACUUCCAGGAGAAGGUGGUUGAUGUUUUGGCAAAGGGUGUUGAGUUGUGA